AUGACAGACAACAAAUUCUACUCCUACGAGUCGCUGCUAGAGAACUUGAAGAGCACCCAGGAAGCCCGUAAGAGAGAGUACAACGAGACACAGCACCUCUACUCGAACUUAGAUCGCACCAUCCGGGACCAUCUCUUUGUGAUGGAGGAGGAGAUGGUCUCUGCGCCAAACAAGAAGGAGAUCUGCUUCAACUUCGAUGAGUUCAUGAAUGACCUCGGGAAUGCUGAGCAUCCACUCGAAUACGAGGAGACAGCAAUAAGCCACAUGAACACUGCUGAGCGCAAACACGUCUGUAGCAAGCCAGGAUGCAACAAGUCGUACACGUCAUCGCAUGGACUGAAGUACCACAUGGCCCACGGCCACUCGAAGGAGAAGGAGAACGCGUAUAAGCCAUUUGUGUGUCCAGUUGCAAACUGUGGGAAGACGUACAGAAACAGCAACGGACUGAAGUACCACAUGAGCAAGAUACACAAGCACAUCUGA